GUAUCACAUUUCUUGAUCAGAAGAACAUUUUUUGGGUGUUCCCUAACUAAAGCAAGUUCUGGUCUGGUCCAGCAGACUAAAGAUGUUUGUCUGAGGUUCUGCAGACUGCGAAGUUCUACAACAGCUGCUGACACAUCUGGAGAGGACAUCAUACUCAAAUGGGGCCUUUUCCUGGUCCCUCUGACCACGUUCUGUCUCGGCACAUGGCAGGUUCAGCGGCGGAAGUGGAAAUUAGAUUUGAUUGCACAACUGGCAUCAAGAAUUACAUCAGAGCCCAUCCCUCUGACCUUAGACCCGAUGGAACUGAAGGAACUGGAGUACAGACCGGUAAAAGUCCGAGGGCAUUUUGACCACUCCAAGGAGCUCUAUAUUUUGCCACGGUCACUUGUGGACCCUCAGCGAGAAGCCAGAGAAGCCGGACGGCUGACAUCACACCCAGAAAACGGAGCAAACGUCAUUACUCCUUUCUACUGCACGGAACUAGGGGUCACGAUUUUAGUCAACCGAGGAUUUGUGCCCAAAAAGAAAUUGAAACCGGAGACCAGGCUGAAGGGACAGAUUGAAGAUGAAAUUGAGCUCACUGGCGUGGUGAGAUUAUCAGAAACCCGGAAACCUUUUGUGCCUGAAAAUAACAUUGAGAAAAACCGCUGGCAUUACCGUGACCUGGAGGCUAUGGCAAAGGUGACCGGGGCUGAGCCCAUCUUCAUCGAUGCUGAUUUUCGAAGCACAGUCCCAGGGGGGCCCAUCGGAGGUCAGACGCGAGUGAGCCUGAGAAACGAGCACAUGCAGUAUAUCAUCACCUGGUAUGGCUUAUGUGCUGCAACUUCACUGAUGUGGUACAGAAAAUUUAUACAAAAGAUACCCCUGUGAGGGGAAGGGCUAUUCUGCUCCGCACUACAGUCAAGA